AUGUCUUCUGGAAUAGUAUCAGCGCAGAUGCACUGCUGCGGUGCUGCAAAACUCAACACCAAACAAAGCGCGGCGGCGAGAAAACCUAUGGUUGUUUCUAAGAAAUCAUCGUCCUCGAUAAAAUUUGCGGUGAAAGCGCGAUCGUCCUCGUCGUUAACUACGUCGUCGUCCUCAAUCGAUAUCAAUAAUAAUAAAAAAGAAGAUAAAGAAGAAGAAGAAAAAGGAGAAAGAGAAAGCGAUGCGCUGAGUAAAUCGUUGAAGAAAGCGUUCGUGACUGCGACGGCGUCCUUGGUUUUAGCCGUCGCGGGUGUACCACAAGAGCCUGUAGCAGCUGCCCCUCUGGACGUGACGAAUAAGAUUAGCAUCAAUGGACCGGCGCGAUAUUUGCCGAGCGAACUCACUAAACCAGACCCGAUUUUCGAGGAAGACUUUAACGUAUCCUUCGCUGGUUUGAAAGUAGAUCACAAGAUAUUAGUCUCUACGAUUAUUCUCGGCCAAGCGAUUGGUUUCGCCGGGGCCAUUGCCGGCGGAUUGGAAGCGAAAAAGAGAGCGCAGGAGAUCACGCAAUUGAACAAGUCGCUUUUGGAAGUGAACGGGAAAAUUAAGAAGGAAUUACGAAGAGAGAAACAAAGCAAGACACCUGGCGUGGACAUGAGCAUUGAUAGCGACGGCGAUGAGUACGUGGAGAAAAUUUUAAUGUUGCUUCGAUCGGGUAAGGCGAUGUUGAAGAUGGACGAAUCGAAGGAGAAAUUGGAAGAAGCUUUGGGUAAGUUUGAAGAAGCAUACGCGUUAAUCAUCGCAGAGAGCGGUAAAGAAAAGUUGAACGUGCCGUGGAAAGCGGAGAGGAAGGCGUUGAAAGGUAUUGCGGCCGCGGCGAGUCGUCUGGGGUCCACCGCGAAGUCUUUGGAAAUGACAAAGAAGGUGCUCAAUUUAGCGUUGGAGCAUAAAGAUAUGGCGGAAAUUACGGAUAAUUACGGCAAGAUUGCGGACUUGUACACUGAGUUGGAUCAGUUGGAAUCCGCGCAAACGUAUUACGACUUGUACUUCAACGCGCUCGAUAACGAGUACGGGUUCAGCGCAGAAAAGAACACCCAAGCUGUUGCGAGAUAA